AGGGGUGUGAGGUGUGUGGGGGAAGGGAGUAAGAAGAUGGAGCGGAAGUGGAGCAGUGAAUCUGGUAAUCGGAAUGGGAAUGUGAUGUCUUCGCCAUCACACUCACGUAACGGCCAUGCUCGUUCAUCCUCACUCACCCUAAAUGCAACUGCAACUGCAACUGCUACUGCUACUGCAUCUGCUAUGUCAACCAUCAAAAGGACUCAGAAUGUUGCUGCCAAAGCCGCCGCUCAGCGCCUCGCACAGGUCAUGGCUUCUCAGACUGCCGACGAAGACGACGACACCGACGAUCUGGGAUUUGGCUACACUGCUCCUCCACCCCUCUCUCUCUCCAGGAAUGCUCAUAGAUCUCCAUCUCCUGCGUUAGCUCGGAACCUCGUAGAAGAAUCAAUGUAUCUUCGCCCUGCACCUGCACCUGCACCUGCUCCUGCUCCUGUUAAUAAACCACCAUUAAGCCUCAGGACUCCACCUCCCGACCCUCCCACUCAUAUUUAUCGGCCCAAAGACAAAAGAUUUCCGUUUGAUACUGGACUCGUUCAACCUAAAGGUUCAGGAGACCAGCGUGAGGCCUCUGCACUUCGUGACGAGGUUGAUAUGCUGCAGGAAGAGAAUGAAAGUAUUCUCGACAAGCUCAGACUUGAGGAGGAGAGAUGCAAGGAAGCAGAGGCCAGAGUUAGGGAGCUUGAGAAGCAGGUUGCUUCCCUUGGAGAAGGUGUAUCUUUGGAAGCCAAACUCUUGAGCAGAAAGGAAGCAGCAUUGCGUCAAAGAGAGGCUGCACUUAAAAAUGCCAAAGAAUCUAAGGAUGGAUUUGAUAAGGAAAUCACUUCUCUACAGGCUGAAAUUGAGGAUGCAAAAGUUGAGACUGAGGCUGCAGUGAGACUGCUAAAUGGAGCUGAAUCUGAAGUGAAAGGUCUUCGAUCAAUGACACAGAGAAUGAUAUUAACUCAGAAAGAAAUGGAAGAAGUUGUUCUAAAGAGGUGUUGGCUUGCUCGUUAUUGGGGUUUAGCUGCAAAAUAUGGCAUCUGUGCAGAUGUUGCAGUUUCAAAGUAUGAACAUUGGUCAUCCUUAGCCCCCCUUCCAUUUGAGGUUGUUGUUUCUGCAGGACAAAAGGCUAAGGAGGAAUGCUGGAAUAAAGCAGGUGAUGAUGCAACUGAGAAGAGGAACAAAAAUAUUCCUGACUUGAAUGAUCUUACUGGAGAAGGAAAUAUUGAAAGUAUGCUUUCAGUUGAAAUGGGUUUGAAGGAGCUUGCCUCUUUAAAGGUUGAGGAUGCUAUUGUGCAAGCAUUGGCCCAACAGCGGCGUCCAAAUCCUGCUCGACAAUUAGUAUCCGAUAUUAAAUCACCUGGGGACCCUAAGUUUAUGGAAGCCUUUGAAUUGAGUCCAGAGGAGUCUGAGGAUGUUCUUUUCAAGGAGGCUUGGCUGACAUAUUUUUGGAGGAGAGCCAAGGCUCAUGAUAUAGAGGAGAACAUUGCCAAAGAACGUCUUCAAUUUUGGAUUGGUCGGAGUGGGCAUUCACCUACCUCACAUGAUGCUGUUGACGUUGAGCAAGGACUUUCGGAGCUCAGGAAAUUGGGGAUUGAACAUCGACUUUGGGAAGCAUCCAGAAAAGAAGUUGAUCAGGACUUUACCAUUGCACGAAAGUUGACUCCUUGACCUGAAAUUUGUGCCUGGCUUCCUUCGAAUGGUUCGCUGAUUUAUGGAUAUGAAUUGUGAAUUUCAUUUUCCUUCUGGAGACUGUCACCUUCCACUCUGUUCAAGUGACGCUACCGUACUUUUGGCUCUAGGUAUGGUAACCUGUUAUGACAACUGUAAUGAAAUUUAGGAACUGAUGUAGCUCUAGCUCGCUUGUUUCUCCGCUUUUGAUGGUAUAAAUAAUAGUGAUAACCUGUCAAAAUAUUCAUCAUAUAAUAUCUUACCCCAUUAAGAUGGGUUCAACAAACUCGAAGUUGAGCAUAGUGAGAUAUAAUAUGCAUAAAUUUGUGCUUUUACUUGGAAAAAACUUGCCUGAAGUGAAUUUU